AUGCCCCACAUUUCCAAAGAACACAUCUCGAUCGGUUGCAAUCGGACAACCCAUGCUGCUUCCUGGGGUCUCAAUGGGCUCGUAGCAUUCGGUGCCAACCAGCUGAUCGCUUUAUACAACCCUCUGGACAAGCAUAAUAGUGGCAUCAUCGAGACGCUUCCAGGACAUACGGACCGUGUUGUUUGCGUCGAGUUUAUCGAACGAGGCCACGAAGCCGAACUUCAUGACGUCGCGUUGGUUUCUGGAUCUGCUGAUAAGACGGCCAAGAUUUGGAAGAAGAAUACAGCUGGAGAUUGGGUGAACUCUGCAACAUUGGAAGGACACACCGGUGCUGUUGAAGCUGUUGGGUGCUUACGAUCCCGUUCAAUUCCCGGUACCACUGAUUUGUUCGCUACUGGAAGUGCUGAUGGCACCAUUCGUAUAUGGGAAAGACGUGAGGCAGAUGAUGCUAAUGAUGAAGUUACCUUGCUGCAAGUGAUCGAGUGUGGCAACAAGUAUCCAACUACAUUGGCUCUUUCCCAUCUUCCCGGCACAAAGAUUCCUAUUCUUGCAUGCGGCCACACCGACAAGAAGAUCACCAUUUUCAUCCAACAAAAAGGAGGACAAUUUGAAAAGGCUCAUGUGCUUCAAGGACAUGAUAAUUGGGUUCGAUCUCUCGCUUUUGCCACGUAUACGGGUAGUCAAGAAGAUGCUACUGCAACCAACCACACGCUUCGCUAUGGAGAUUUGAUGCUUGCCAGUGGUUCUCAGGAUCGAUACAUCCGUCUAUGGAAGAUCUCACCCCAUCAAGCCUCUCCUUCUUCUCCUGUUGCCACAAAGGAAGAGCCAUCCAAUGGUGAAUUGACCGAUGAUUUACUCCAAGCUUUACAAGAGAACGCUUUGACAGGGGAGAAUGCCGAGUUGAGCACAAAGGCUCAUUUGGUGCAAGUGGAUGAUGGAAACAGUAAACAACAAUUCUCUCUCAUGUUCGAAGCUCUGUUGAUGGGUCACGAUGACUGGGUGUACAGUGUGUGCUGGGAACGACCACAAAUGAAGGCUGAUGCUGAUGGCAAGGUUCAAUAUACCCAACCCAUGCGACUUUUAUCCGCGUCAAGCGACAAAUCAAUGAUGAUUUGGAGUCCUGAUCCAGCAACGGGUGUGUGGAUCAACGAGGUUCGUAUGGGUGAUAUUGGUGGCAACAGCUAUCUUGGAUUCUGUGGUGCACUUUUUGGUCCCGAUGGUCAUCAUGUCUUAUCCCACGGCGCCAAUGGAUCAUUCCAUCUCUGGAAGAAUGUAUCCAAUGAUGAAGAUGAUAAUCAUUGGGAGCCACAAGUAUCUAUCAGUGGUCAUUUCAAGGCUGUCGAGAGUGUAACAUGGGAUCCCAAUUCUCGUUUCUUGCUAUCUGCUAGUCUUGAUCAAACAGCUCGCCUAUUCGCGCCUUGGGUACGAGAUGUUGAAGGCAACAAGGUCACUUCAUGGCACGAAAUGGGCCGUCCACAAAUUCAUGGCUAUGAUCUCAAGUGUAUCUCGUUUGUGCAUGAUUGGCAAUAUGUCUGUGGUGCCGAUGAAAAGGUUUUGCGUGUGUUUGAUGCUCCCAAAGCAUGCGUGGAAAGUCUUGCUGGCUUAACAGGAGAAAACAACAUGGCAUCAGAAGCAACAAGUCGACCUGUGGCUGCCAAUUUGCCAGCAUUGGGCUUAUCCAACAAGGCAGUUUUCGAAGGAGAUGUGGAGGAAAUGACCAACGCUGAAGAAGACCAUACUGCUUUGCAAAGCUUUUCACAUUCGUCAUCCACGCCCACAGGUUUUACAGAAAUCAUGCAACACCCUCCAUUUGAAGAACAUUUGCUGCAGCAUACUCUUUGGCCCGAAGUGGAGAAAUUAUAUGGACACGGCUAUGAGAUCAUUUGUGUUGAAGGCAGCCAUGAUGGCAAGUAUAUCGCAUCUGGAUGCAAGGCAGCAACACCUGAUCACGCCGUGAUUCGACUUUUUGAUACGUCAAACUGGAAGGAGGUCAAGAACAAGAUUGCAGCACAUACACUUACUGUGACUCGUGCUCGCUUCUCACACAACGAUGAAUGGCUUUUGACUGUAUCCAGAGAUCGAGUAUGGUCACUUUCAAAACGAGUGCAAGGAGAUGCAGACGCACCUUAUCAACUUGCCUUCAAAAACAAGGCUCAUGCCCGUAUCAUUUGGGAUUGUUCUUGGACACAUGAUGAUUCUAUGUUUGCUACUGGCUCCAGAGAUAAAACGGUCAAGAUUUGGUCACAGGCUGAUGGUGAAUGGAAGUGCAUUGCUACUAUCAAAUUUGAGGAAGCUAUUACUGCUGUUGACUUUGCACCAGCAUUGAUGGAUGGCCGAUACCUUCUUGCUGUUGGUUUAGAAAAUGGACAAAUCAAGCUGAUUGCUGCAUCCGAACAAGACAUCACUCAGUGGGCAUUGUGGGCCAACGUUGACGAUAGAUUAUGUCAUGUGGGCGUUGUACGGUCGUUGUCAUGGCGAUUGCACCCAGCAAAGAAGGAUGUAUUCCAACUCGCUUCUGGAGGCCAAGAUCACUCUGUACGCAUUAUAAACAUCCAACAAUAA